AUGGCAGAACCUCAGGAAGAGUUCCUGCGGCAGCUAUCCAGUGGAGUGCCUCCUGCAGGAGCCGGGGACUGUUGCGAAGCCUUGAAUGCAGCGGCUUCAGAUAUUGUGCUCCGCCGCUUUAGCAUCCAGAGUCUAAAGAGUAGACGCAGCUCCGUAGACAAGGGUUCUGCGAGUUGCAUGGAUGGCGCAGACGACGCAGGUCUCGGGAGGGGCGAAGGCACUUCCCAACCAGAGUCCGAUGAGCAGAACCCGACGUAUGAACGCCUCAAGAACCUUCCCUUCUGUCAGCCUGUCACAAUCACCUUUAAAGAUGUGUCCUUGAAGGUAAAUGUACCGAAGCGGUUCACUGGCGCCCUUUCCUUACCCGUUUUAAACCAAAUUGCAAGCGCCGUUACACCGCCGCAGACGAAGACACUCCUUCAGGGAGUUGACGGGACCGUAAAACCGGGGGAAAUGGUUGCACUGAUGGGGGCCAGUGGGGCAGGAAAGUCGACUCUUCUGAACGUUCUAAGCCGCCGUAUCGUUAGCAAUGGAGGGUCCGUUUUGUUCAACGGGAAGUCGCUGGGACCGGCCGAAGUGAAGCGACUAUGUUGUUUCAUUCAGCAAAGCGACUGCUUUUAUGGAUUUCUCACCGUGCAGGAACAUCUGGACUGCGUGGAAGGUGCGGGAACCUUCAGUAUCGCCCUCGUUAUGUUGUGGCAUUUGAGGACUGGGCAAAAAAAGGAACAAAGGGCCAAGCUGGUUGAUCGUUUGGUGGAACUGUAUGGCUUGGCAAAAGUCAAAGACUCUAGAAUAGGGAAUCUGCAGAUGGCAGCGAAGAGAGGCAUCAGCGGGGGGGAAAAGAAGCGCUUGAAUAUUGCUACGGAAAUGAUGACGAGUCCGUCGGUUAUAUUUGCGGACGAGCCAACCACUGGUCUGGACUCCUUAAUAGCUGAAAAUGUCAUGAACAUUUUCAGGCUGUUAGCGGAUCGCGGGAGAACUAUUAUAUGCACAAUUCAUCAGCCGAGUUCAAACAUUUUCAACAUGUUCACAAAGGUGCUCCUGCUGAGUCGUGGGCGCUUGGUUUUCUACGGGGACCGUGAGGCAACUCUUCUAUACUUUUCACGUCUAGGCCGGCCCUGCCCGCCAUUUACGAGUGUACCAGAGUUCCUUCUUGAGCUUCUUGUAAAGCAGCAACUUAACCUGGGGGAUCCUUCGGAAGAUUUAAGCGAUUUAACGCCUGAGAGACUGGCAGAACAUUGGGAAAAGACGGGCGCAGCCUUUCUUGCUGAAUGGGAGAAUGUCCGAGAUAAGCACAUUCAAGCCAUGCAGGACGCUGGAGCAUUUCAGGGUGGCCAGAUUCGCGUGUUUGCUGUCUCUUUCUCAGGAUUUUGCGAAUAG